UUGCUCCCUCACUAGCGAAGGUAUGAAAGAUGGUUGGUUUCCUCUUGGAAGAUGUGACGGGGGUUCUGAGGGAUAGUGGGGGGGUUGCAGCGGCACAGGCCAACAUCUGGGGUCCGGAGGACGUCUACGUGAAGAAGGGGUCCACGAUCAGCCUCACCUGCACAGUCAACGUCCACUCCACCCCGCCCAGCUCGGUCCACUGGUACCAGGGCUCCUCCGUCGUCGACUUCGACUCUCCCAGGGGCGGCAUCUCCUUGGAGACGGAGAAGACUGCUUCGGGAACCACCUCCAAGCUCCUCGUCACAAAGGCAUCCCUCACCGACUCAGGCAACUACACUUGUGUACCAUCCAACGCUAACCCCGCCAGUGUCUACGUCCAUGUCCUUAACGCUGGAGAAUAUCCCGCGGCCAUGCAGCACGGGGAACAUGGAGGCUCCAGUUCCAGUUGUGUCGCCCAGCUGUCAUGCCACUUCCUCGUCGUCCUACUUCUUUCACUCAUGAUGGCCAGGUGAUUCCUCCAAGAGGUGGCGGAAAAGCCCUUCACAGCUCCCACACCCACCCGUACCCACUAAACAUUUACAGCAUGAUAAGUAUAAGAAAUUUAUAAAAUUGAAAACAAAAAAAAAUAACAUUCUACAUGGCUCAUUCUAGUUGUUCACCUGAUUUUAUGUGUACAUUUACAAUUAUUAAAAAAAAAUUAAUAAUUAUAAGUAAUAUUUCACUAUUGUGUGUUUAGAUUAGCUCAAUACCUUUAAAUGUAAAAAGUUUUUAAGAGAAUGAAAACAUCUAUGUAAUAUAUUAGUGAUUUUUCAGGUUGAAUAUUUUCUAUUCGUUUAUUCUUUUCAAUAAUAUAUA